AUGACACUUAACUUACCCUUCAAACAAAUUGAUGUCUUUACAGCCACCCCAUUUAAGGGGAACCCAGUUGCCGUAGUUAAUUGUAUGGACGUCGAAGAAUCAGAUGUCACUACUGAACAACUGCAAUCUGUUGCCAAUUGGACAAAUCUUUCGGAGACAACGUUCUUAUUCAAACCUACGUUAAAGGAAUGUGACUAUAAGUUGAGAAUUUUCACUCCUGCGAACGAGCUUCCAUUCGCUGGUCACCCUACUGUUGGUUCAUGUAGGGCAUAUUUGCAAUUCAAAAAUAUAAAGAAUGCUACAGCAAUUAAGCAAGAAUGUGGUGUUGGUAUUGUCGAUCUAAGCGUAGAAGGGGAUAAGAUUUCGUUUGUUGCUGCUAGGGCUGAUGUGGAAGAGGUCUCUGAUUCAUUAGUGGAAAGUUACAAAACUGCAAUUGGUGUUCCUUAUGUUAACAGACCUAGUUUGAUGCAAACAGGGCCCGCAUGGUUUGUUUAUUUGGUUGAUGAUGCUGAUACCUGUCUUAACCUGAAUUUAAAUUUAGCAAACUUGAAACAGGUGUGUGAUGCGGCUCAGCAUAGUGGUGUUAUCUUAGCUGGUCCAAGAAAGAGUGCUGAGGGGAUUGAGUAUGAGAUGAGAGCUUUAUUUACAGUCCCUGAUACAUCAUUCGAAGAUCCAGUUUGCGGUAGUGGUGCAGUUGCAUUGUUGAGAUACUUGCAGACAAUUCACAACUACGACGAGACCGUCAAUGUACAUAUUACACAAGGUAGAAGGGUGCAUAGGAAUGGACACAUUAAUGGAUGCAUUAAGGUGGAUCCAAGCAAUGGCGCUGUUUCGUACCACGUCGGUGGUUCUUCGGUUGCUGUCAUCAAUGGUGAGAUCACAUUAUAA